AUGCAUUUCGCCCUCGUACUCGCAGGUCUCGCCGCCAUUGCAGCGGCCGCUCCACUCGAAAAAGGCAUCGACAGCCCGCUGAAGCGCUCGCCAGCCCAGCUCAAGGUCGAAAACUAUGCAGACUACGGCAUAUACUACACCACGUACGGCACGUACUCUUCGGCCGAAGAAGCCAAAGCCACCAUGAUGGGUCUCGCCAAGCGCGGAUACUCGUGCUACACAUCCUACGACCCGUAUCCGGCCGCCGUCGAGCCCGAAAAAGCGCAGACCAUGCAGAAGCGCGGCUACGGAACCUACUCUCCCUACUGUGCGUACGGCGCCGCCGCCGAAGCCGAAGCCGCAAAAGUCGCUGCUGCAGCCGUCAAGCGCAACGACGACAACGCAUACCCGACCUACGACCCUUACACCACAUAUGGCUGCUAUCCCAAGGGCCUGGACGCCGACGCCGCGCAAGACGCGAAACGAGGCUACGCCUGCUACAAAACGUACAAUCCGUAUCCCGCGGCUGUCGACGCCGCCGCAGCUAACAAAGCUAAACGCCAUGUCAUGGCCCCGAUGCUGGAAGCCAGUCACUCUGACGACGCAGAUAGCAGUCAGAAGAGAGAUGCAGAUGACAUGUCUGACGACAAGCAUGUCGUGGACGCUGCUACAAACGUGAGAUACGAUCCGUACAAUACCUACGGAAAUUACAGCCCGUAUCCACGCGCCGUCGAAGCCGAAGCUGAGGCUUUGGGCUUGAAGAAACAGGAGUUGGAGUAA